AUGUCUACCCCUCCCCUCCCCAUGUCUACCCCCUAUGUCUACCCCUCCCCUCCCCAUGUCUACCCCCUCCAUAUGUCUACCCCUCCAUUUCCUGUCUACCCCUCCGCUCCCCAUGACUACCCCUCCAUUCCCCAUGUCUACCCCUCCAUUCCCCAUGUCUACCCCUCCAUUCCCCAUGACUACCCCUCCGCUCCCCAUGUCUACCCCUCCAUUCCCCAUGUCUACCCCUCCGCUCCCCAUGACUACCCCUCCAUUCCCCAUGUCUACCCCUCCAUUCCCCAUGUCUACCCCUCCAUUCCCCAUGACUACCCCUCCAUUCCCCAUGACUACCCCUCCAUUCCCCAUGACUACCCCUCCAUUCCCCAUGUCUACCCCUCCAUUCCCCAUGACUACCCCUCCGCUCCCCAUUUCUACCCCUCCAUUCCCCAUGUCUACCCCUCCAUUCCCCAUGACUACCCUUCCGCUCCCCAUGUCUACCCCUCCAUUCCCCAUGUCUACCCCUCCAUUCCCCAUGACUACCCCUCCGCUCCCCAUUUCUACCCCUCCAUUCCCCAUGUCUACCCCUCCAUUCCCCAUGACUACCCUUCCACUCCCCAUUUCUACCCCUCCAUUCCCCAUGUCUACCCCUCCAUUCCCCAUGACUACCUCUCCAUUCCCCAUGACUACCCCUCCAUUCCCCAUGACUACCCCUCCAUUCCCCAUGUCUACCCCUCCCCUCCCCAUGUCUACCCCCUAUGUCUACCCCUCCCCUCCCCAUGUCUACCCCCUCCAUAUGUCUACCCCUCCCCUCCCAAUGUCUACCCCUCCCCUCCCUAUGUCUACCCCACCCCUCCCCAUGUCUACCCCCUCCCUAUGUCUACCCCUCCCCUCCCAAUGUCUACCCCUCGCCUCCCUAUGUUUACCCCUCCCCUCCCCAUGUCUACCCCUCCCCUCCCCAUGUCUACCCCCCUCCCUAUGUCUACCCCUCCCCUCCCCAUGUCUACCCCCUCCCUAUGUCUACCCCUCCCCUCCCAAUGUCUACCCCUCCCCUCCCAAUGUCAACCCCUCCCCUCCCUAUGUUUACCCCUCCCCUCCCCAUGUCUACCCGUCCCCUACCUAUGUCUACCCCUCCCCUCCCUAUGUCUACCCCUCCCCUCCCUAUGUCUACCCCCCCUCCCUAUGUCUACCCCUCCCCUCCCUAUGUCUACCCCUCCCCUCCCUAUGCCUACCCCUCCCCUCCCCAUGUCUAUCCCUCCCCUCCCGAUGUCUACCCCUCCAUUUCCUGUCUACCCCUCCGCUCCCCAUGACUACCCCUCCAUUCCCCAUGUCUACCCCUCCAUUCCCCAUGACUACCCCUCCAUUCCCCAUGACUACCCCUCUAUUCCCCAUGACUACCCCUCCAUUCCCCAUGUCUACCCCUCCAUUCCCCAUGACUACCCCUCCGCUCCCCAUUUCUACCCCUCCAUUCCCCAUGUCUACCCCUCCAUUCCCCAUGACUACCCUUCCGCUCCCCAUGUCUACCCCUCCAUUCCCCAUGUCUACCCCUCCAUUCCCCAUGACUACCCCUCCAUUCCCCAUGUCUACCCCUCCAUUCCCCAUGACUACCCUUCCACUCCCCAUUUCUACCCCUCCAUUCCCCAUGUCUACCCCUCCAUUCCCCAUGACUACCUCUCCAUUCCCCAUGACUACCCCUCCAUUCCCCAUGACUACCCCUCUAUUCCCCAUGACUACCCCUCCAUUCCCCAUGUCUACCCCUCCAUUCCCCAUGACUACCCCUCCGCUCCCCAUUUCUACCCCUCCAUUCCCCAUGUCUACCCCUCCAUUCCCCAUGACUACCCUUCCGCUCCCCAUGUCUACCCCUCCAUUCCCCAUGUCUACCCCUCCAUUCCCCAUGACUACCCCUCCAUUCCCCAUGUCUACCCCUCCAUUCCCCAUGACUACCCUUCCACUCCCCAUUUCUACCCCUCCAUUCCCCAUGUCUACCCCUCCAUUCCCCAUGACUACCUCUCCAUUCCCCAUGACUACCCCUCCAUUCCCCAUGACUACCCCUCCAUUCCCCAUGUCUACCCCUCCAUUCCCCAUGACUACCCCUCCGCUCCCCAUUUCUACCCCUCCAUUCCCCAUGUCUACCCCUCCAUUCCCCAUGACUACCCUUCCGCUCCCCAUGUCUACCCCUCCAUUCCCCAUGUCUACCCCUCCAUUACCCAUGUCUAUCCCUCCCCACCCCAUGUCUACCCCUCCCCUCCCCAUUUGGUCUUGGCAGUGUGA